UGGGGCCUUCCUUCCCAGACAUCCUCCUUAGGCUUACGGACACACCGCACAGCUUGAUUUGGAUCAAAAAGGAGAAAACCAAAAUUAAGGAUUCCCUCGCACGCUACCCCGUCCAUCCACCGGGGAUCUGCUCCUUUCCGGACCGCCGCCGUUUCCCACUCUUUCUGCAGAUUUCCCACUGGGAAGUUAAAGCAAGCCUCUCUACUAAACGCCCGGAAAACGAUGAAUAUAUUCCGCUUCCUAGGAGACAUAUCUCAUCUAUUAGCUAUAAUCAUCUUGCUGUUGAAGAUCUGGAAGACGAGAUCAUGUGCUGGGAUUUCUGGAAAGAGCCAAGUUCUCUUUGCCAUUGUCUUCACCACUCGGUACCUAGAUCUAUUUACCAACUACAUCUCCUUGUACAACACAUCCAUGAAGGUGGUUUACAUUGCGUGCUCUUAUGCCACAGUGUGGAUGAUCUAUAGCAAAUUCAAAGCCACCUACGAUGGCAACCAUGAUACUUUUCGGGUGGAGUUUCUGGUUAUUCCCACAGCAGUGUUAGCCUUCCUAGUGAACCAUGAUUUCACUCCCCUAGAGAUUCUCUGGACGUUCUCCAUCUACCUGGAGUCAGUGGCUAUCUUGCCACAACUCUUCAUGGUUAGUAAGACGGGUGAGGCAGAGACCAUCACAAGUCACUAUCUCUUCGCCUUGGGUGUCUACCGCACUCUCUAUCUGUUCAACUGGAUCUGGCGUUAUCAGUUUGAGGGCUUCUUUGACCUAAUUGCCAUUGUGGCUGGCUUGGUGCAAACUGUACUCUAUUGUGAUUUCUUCUACCUCUACAUUACAAAAGUUCUAAAGGGCAAGAAACUGAGUUUGCCAGCAUAGUACUGAGACCACGACAAAAUCCUUUGAUCGAGGAAGAGGAUGAAGGGAAUCAUCACAGGAAGUUAAAAACAUGCAGUUCUGAUUUUUUAAAAACAAUGAACCACCAUGUUAGUCACAUGCUGGUCUGUUCUUGACCGUGAACUUUUAUCUAAGGGAGUGUGAUUUGGGACAAAACAAUGAUGGUCCUUUUGUUCAAGAGACUGAUACAGAUGGGGGUGAGACGGGAUAUGAAUUUAGUGUAUAGAUUUCUCAAAACUUUUUGAUCAUUCUGUUCCUCCCUUUCUGUUGCUCUUGGCUCUUCUUAUUUUGUUGAUGAACCAGCACAGGUAGGAAAUACACUUUUUUCUUUUCUUUUUAAAGAAAACUGGGCAUCUUCUCUCACUUUGGAUUCAUGUUUUGGAUCUUAUGCUGACAACGGCUAAGAAAUCUUUUUCUUUUUGCAAGGGGCCUAAUGCUAUUUGAAUAACCAGCUGGAAACACAAAUUUGAUCUCAGAUUCCUUCAGGCAGUGGUUUUUGGAGUCUCACUUUCUUAAAAGAGUAGUUGGACAAGUGAAGAUCUGCUCCUUUAAGCAUUGUCUCUUAAUCCUGAAUCCUGUACAUUUGAUGAUUAUUUCCUCAUCCACUUGAAAUAGAAAAAUAAACAAACUACCCCCUUCUCCACUAAUUAGUGCCUUUGUGGGAGGGAUGGGAAUUUAAAUAAAAAUAAUUUUUUGUUGCCUGCUUGUAUUGUCAUCUUUGUGCUUCUCUGUUCAGUGUGGUUGUUUGUAUUUCCCAUGCUAAUCUUUCAUACUGUGGUUGUUUUGAUUUCGAUUAGAAUUGUGUCUGCGUUUCAUUUGUGACUUCUUUUACAUGAGAUGCUUGUGUUGAGACAGUAAACAUUUUCUGUGGCUGCCACAGUUAUGUGAUUCUGACACCACCUGACAGCAACAUUAUGUCUUAGCAAAUAAUACAUUUGUGUGUGUUUUUACAUGACACUAAAAAGCCUGUCCAAGAGCAAGUCAUGUCAUCUGUGGGUGUUGCCCAUGUGAGAUGGAAUAUGGAAUAUACUGAAAAGAAACACUUUCUAGGCUACCGAUUUAUGGCACAAUCCUAUUUGUAG